CGAUGACAGGCCGGCGAGGCAUGAUCCGAGGCCGACCGUGGUCGAGGCCAAUGACACGGUGAAAGAGCCUGGGUUCGUUGCCGCGCCGCAUCCCCACAUUUGCUAUGGGCUGCUGACCAAAAAUCAGAUCUCGAACCGAGAGUAUGGUCGAUCGAAUCGAUGGGAAGCUGGAUCUCAUCCUGUCUAUCGUGUCCCGUCGACGUGUUGAGCGCGAAACCAUUGAAGCCCAAACGGAUCUCCAUGAGGACCAACAUACGAUCGUCCGCGCCUGGUCUCCCCCCAAAGACCAGCCACUGGAUCAGGCUGCGGUGGUCCCCUUUUCCGGGGAAACGUCCAUUCGCCAUAAUCUGGACCAGGUUGAAGGUCGUCUUGAGGAGAAGAUGCAGGAACAUCCCGGCGCAGCGAGUAGAGUGCCGCAAUCCCAGAUAUCCACACCUGCAUUGACCCCAUCGCCACGUCCUGAAGGUGGAAGGAAGACACGAGGAGCGGUCGAAAUCACGGAUACCCUUCAGCGGUACGGCAUUACGCUAGACAGGCCGCAGGCAGAGAGGGCUCUGAACGUGUUCUGCAACGAGAUCCAUAUCAUGUACCCUUUCAUGCACCUGCCAACCCUGUGGGGUGACUAUUCGAGUAUAUGGGGUGGCAGCUUUGGAUUACCGCCAGACUCUGAUGUCUCCGGCCAAAGCAGAUAUCGAAACACUUUGGCCCAGAUCCUAUUGUGCAUGGCUGUUGGGAGAUGUACCGAGUCAGCGCGAGAGGAGCACCGUGAGGGAAGAUACUCUGCUGGCUGGAGUCUUUACCGGGCUGCUUCGGACUUGCUUGGCGACGUGCUUGACUGUUUUGGAAACCAUUCAGAUCCAAUCCAGAUUUUGCAGACUCUGAAUCUGAUGAUCAUAUACCUCUUCCGCUUAGACCUUUCUGGGAAGGCGGAGAAGCUCCUGGCUCUCGCCAUUUCUCAUGCGCAUCAGAUUGGACUCCAUCGAUCUAAGGUCGUGGAGAGGAUGGCGCCGUACGAUAGUGAGGUAUCUCGUCGCAUUUGGUGGUGUCUCUACGUAAUGGAUCGACGGUUGGCGAUCGAGACGGGUCGGCCGUUCGUCAUCCAAGACAUCAACGUCGACACUCCUCUCCCUGAAAAUGUCGAUGAUGAGUGGCUUUCCAGGAGCCGGAAGGACCCAAGGCUCAAGAAAAGUGUGCCUCCGCAAGGCGAAACGAAGGAUGCCCCUACCACGGCAAUCCCCUAUUUGAGAGCAAUGGUCAUCUAUUCCAAAGUUCUCGGGAAAGUGUGGGAAGGGAUGUAUGGCGCUGCAAGCUCGAGCUCUUCGAACUAUACUCUCCGUGAGCACCUCGAAAGUAUGCUUUCUCGGGCGCAGACGGAUGUACAGCAUGAAUUCGCACACCCUUAUCACGGGCAGCGUCGGCAAAUGGCCCAAACGCCUUGGUGGCUGGCUAAAUUACAGAUGCUAAUGCGGAUUCGGUGGCUAUCCCUUCGCCUUAUGAUUCGCAAGCCCAUGCUGCAGGCUUCAUUCUCCCAGUCUGCUUCGGCACUCGACACGUUCGACAAUGACGUCACCUGCAUGCAGAUUUCAAAAGGCAUCAUUGAAGAGUUUGCUCAAAUCUCCCCGGAGAUGGCCGUCUAUACCUUCCCCUUCAUUCACUAUUUGAUUAGCGCCGUCAUCAUCUCCCUUGGGCUAAUUGUUAGGGAGUCAUCGUUGAGAUCUACGUAUGGCAGACCGAUAAUCUAUGCGGUUCGAUUACUGGAGUCAUACUGCCACAAAACAUGGGUCUCCGGGAAGUUGAUACGCAUUGUUUCGAGACUGAAGGAAAUGACUGCCUACCUCACGAAUGAUAACGCUUCAAUGGGAUCAGAGCCUUCCGUCCCUCGGCCAUCGUCCCAAGUCCCUAUGGACAGCGACAAUGAUCGUGCUCGAGAAAUCCAUCGCAUCAGGAGUAAUUAUCCUUCAAUGCCUGCCUCAAACCUACCUCCCACUGCUGGGAUCCCCGGCCCACAAAUGAAGGAGAACCAGUCUGGCGUGGACCAUCCAACCAGCAUUUACAUGGGUAGACCAGGCCACAGUACCGGUUAUACUCCGACCACAGCGCCCGAAUACUUUGCUCCCUCCGCUGGCACUGCGCAUGCUUUACCCUACCCCAGUGUGACAAAUCUCACCACGCUUGACUUUGAUUUCGAGGCGGAUGUCACACCCACCGUCGGCUUCACUGGGCUACCUUUCCAGGGUUCUUCAAUGAUGCAGCCCCCGCCCAAUCAAGCGACCACACUUCCGGGUGCCACACAAAACAUAAUGCCAGAAGCCAUUGCGACCAGUGGGCCACAAGCGCAACAAUUUGCCGUCGCCGAUUCCGGGGCAGGGGGGGUUGGGGGAAUGGAGUGGCUAGAAACCCUGUUCGGCAAUUACCUCGAUCCGAAUUUCAUUAUUCGUCAGAGCCAGUGACUUUCAUUGCCAUCGAGCCUAAUAUCGUUAUGGCCAUCGUUUCCUGUUACAUUGCUUUCCUUGAUUCAAGCCCGCCAUCUGGAUCAUCUUGCGAUCGACUCCGUGGAUCUGAAACAAUACAGCUCGGCUAAUUUCCCCAUGUCAAGGCCGCAUGAGAGGGAAUAACACCCGCAUUCUCAAACGACCGAUACGUUUCAAUCCAGGUCUCCAAGGUCUUGUC